GACCCGGGUUGGGCCGGAGACGCCGUGGGAGGAGACGCCACGGAGCCGGUCGGGACGGUUCUCCUUCAGCGUAGGGUCCUGCGGGGUGUGGAGAGGCCACCGGGGACACACGGCCGCCCGAGGAGCCACCAGCAAGGAGGAGAACUUGGCUUGGAAGGAAGGAGGUGGCCCCACCGCGGCCGAGCCGCGACCUCCGGAAAAGGUCUCCUUCUCCUCUGAAGGUCUCCUUCUCCCCUGGAGGUUCCUUCACCCCCAGGGAUGGAGAUGACCUCCAGUGGUGUCCAUCCUCCACGGAAGGUCCUUCUCUGCCCCACAGCGGCCGCGGCCAUGGACACUCGAGCCGAGGUGACCCUCAGGCCGUGGGGCGGUGUCGCCGCCAUCGGAGCCCUCGUCUUGGUGGCAUCGGCAGUGUCUCCGGUGGUGGGUGAGACGCGCGUGGUGGGAGGAGAGGACUGCGCGGCGCACUCGCAGCCCUGGCAGGCGGCCAUCUUGGACAUGUACAAGCUCUACUGCGGCGGCGUCCUGGUGGCCACCCAGUGGGUGGUGACGGCCGCCCACUGCACCACCCCCGGGAUCACCACCGUCCACCUGGGGAAGCACAACCUCUACACUCGAGAAGAAGGGGAGAUGCAGAAGAUGGUGCAGAAGUUCGUGGCCCACCCGGACUACGACCCCACCACGAAGGACAAUGACAUCAUGCUGAUGAAGCUCCUCACGCCCGUCGCCCUCAGCGCCCGCAUCCGACCCAUCGCCGUGGCCUCCUGCCUGCCCGCGCCCGGCACCACCUGCACCACCUCGGGAUGGGGGGCCACCACCUCGCCAGAAGUCACUUACCCGGACGUCUUGCAGUGCGUCAACGUCACCAUCUUCUCCAGCGCCGAAUGCCACCGGUUGUACCCCGGCUCCAUCACGGAGAACAUGCUCUGCGCCGGGAGCCUCCGCGGAGGCCGCGACUCCUGCCAGGGUGACUCGGGAGGACCUCUGGUCUGCAAUGGGACCCUCCAGGGCAUCGUCUCGUGGGGUAUGGAGAAGUGCGGCCAACCCAGAAGACCCGGGGUCUACACCAAGGUCUGCAGAUACGCCCGAUGGAUCCAGAAGACCAUGGAGGACAACUAAAAGCCACCUUCUGAGAGGUCCCAGAAGUGGUGGAAGAGCGCAGCAGCUCCGGUUGGGAAGAGCGGAGGGGUGGGACGGCCACCGGGGUGUCCUGGUGGAGAUGGGGAGAAGGU